CUUCAGUGGGAGGGUACAGAGCCUAAUCAAACAUGGCACCCGGAGUUUUUACCAAAGGUUUGUGCGGGCUCCACCACAGGCUUGUUGCAGCCGGAUAUUCCUGUAGUGGACCGCUCUGUGCGUCUGCUGCGGCCGUCAAAACACUCCCCUUGCAAACUGACAGCACAGAUGUCACUGACAAGAUCCUGAACCUUCCCCUUGAAAUGCCAGAUUUCUUCCGCUUGUCAGAACUGUUCUCCUUGAAAGAUCUAUUCGAUGCUAGAGUUCACCUCGGCCACAAGAAAGGCUGCAGACACAGGCUGAUGGAGCCCUACCUGUUCGGCAGUCGUCUGGACCAAGACAUCAUCGACCUAGACCAGACAGUGGAGCACCUCCAGAGCGCCCUAAACUUUACCGCCCACAUCGCCUACCGUGGCGGCGUCAUCCUCUUCGUCUCACGCCGCCGCCAGUUUGGUCACCUGGUGGAGAUCACGGCGCAAGACUGUGGAGAAUAUGCCCACACACGCUACUGGCAGGGCGGCCUGCUCACCAACGCACCCAUCCAGUACGGCCCGGGGGUUCGGCUGCCUGACCUCAUCGUCUUCCUCUCAACGCUCAACAACGUCUUCCAGCAGCAUGUGGGGGUCCGCGACGCGGCCAAGAUGAAUAUACCCACAGUGGGGCUGGUGGACUCUAACUGCAACCCCAGCCUGGUGACUUACCCGGUGCCUGGGAAUGACGACACACCAGCCGCUAUGGAGUUGUACUGCCGCCUGUUCAAGAUGACCAUCAACCGAGCCAAGGACAAAAGGAGACAGAUGGAGCUGCUGCGGGGUCUAUCAGCAGUGGGCCUCACACCAGGCUCCUAGUGAGGGGGAAUGAAGGGCCCCUGUUUGAGUUCUUUGAAAAUGCAUUCUUCUUACUCCCUUCCUUGAAGUAAUACCUGAUCUAAAGUAACAGGAUAGGUGAAAUCUUUACCUUUUGGCUAAGAGAGUAGUACCUGGAGGCAAGUGUUCCACUUCUUAGUUUGCCCCCAACAUAUGGAUAUCAGAUUAUGGAUUUAUGACAAAGAAGAGAGGAUAGAGGAUUAAUUUUCAGUAUUUGAACAUGGACAAGGACAUCACUGCUAAAAUACUCUGAUUACUCUAUGAAGCAUCAUGUUUCAGCAACAGAUUUGGUGAAUUUGUACAGAAUUGUUGCUCUUUUUCUAGAUGUAUCUGGAGAAACUGAGGUGUACAAAAUGUGUAAUUCCAAUGUUUGUUCCAUCAACUGAUCCAGAUUUGAUCAGCAUGUUUCCAGAUUAUUGCUAAAUCUCAGCUUGUUUCUCAUUGUUUGUUCAAAUUCAAUGAAAAAAUAGCAUUUCUGUAUCAAAGGACAUGAAUGCACUACACUCGUUCUAUUUAUCAAGUAAACUUUAUUUUCACUAAAUUUGUUUGUUCUCUUUUGUGUGCAUUUUUCUACACGCAUACUUUUUAGUGGAUUUUAAUACUGGGCUAAAAUCUUAGUGUACAAGCCAUGUCCAACUAGUGCAAGAAAACUAUAACUUUGCCAAUGACUAAAUUCAUCUAAUUGUUAUCAUUGUGCCAAUAAAAUGUAUAGCUAUGGCAUAUUUAUUAUUACAUAUGAAAUGAAACUUACACCAAGGAGAGUGAUCAUGGUGACUCCAGUGGAAGGGUUAUUGUACCAACUGUAUAGCAAUCAACAUAUCAGAUAGCUUCUAUUUUUGAUCAAUUUAAAUGAUGUUUCCAUCCACAGUUUUUAUGUGAGUAAAGUCAUAUCGUAUUUAAAAAUUUAAAAAAAAUCAGGACAGCUGUUAUGGAAACAGGAAAUUUAGGUUGAAUUUAUAAAUGCGGACAGAUAAUUUGUUCGUUCCACAUGGUGGGAUAUUUUUGUGUCUGUAAAGUUAAUUAUGUGUGAAAUGGCAGUGGAAAUGACUUUAUGCACACAUAUUGAUAUAACCAUCCUAUCGUAGUAAAUUUGGAGUCGAAAUAAUAUGGUUUGUGUUUCUCCCACUACGACUCGGGAGACCAUCAUGCAGUUUAUUCGGCUACAGAUGAAAUGUUGUAAAUUAUGUUAAACUUCACAGGACGGUGAAGGUGCACUGUGAUCUUGAUGCUCCUUUCCAAUAAAUAUUGUGGGUCUUA